AUUACAAAUUUUAUAAAAUCUUAUCGCGCCAGUUUUGAUUUACGACUUAAUGCUUGAGUGUUAAAUGUUAAAUGUUAUUUAGGGUUCUUUAGCCCACAAUGAGUUCUUGUGGCUGUAUCUGUGAACCUCAAAUAUAUGCAGUUAAGAAUCUAAAACCUGAUGCUAUACAGCUGAAGAGACAGAAGGUUCUUAAUAAACUAAAAAAUCUUUCUGAACCAGCUUCCAAUUGGUUUAUAAAAUUAUCACUGCAAAGAUUACUUGAGAAGAAUGUACUUUCUAACGAUGCCACUAUUUUCAACAAUGAAACCUCAGACUUGUUGACCCUCACUGGAAGUCCUGUUCAAGCAUCAACUCCAUAUUGUGGUAAUAAGAAGAAAUCUCAUAAACAGAACAUUUUUGAAGAACAUUCCAUUUUGUCUGAGAAUGACUCUAGUCACUGCUCUACAUCACUAAGUCUACAUUCCAAAAGCUUCAACCAGCCUGAAGAUGAAUUUUUCUCAACUUCUACAACAAAUAACAAAAACAGUUUGGGUAUUAGCUUGGAUGAAACCACUUAUUCUUGGACCAGCUCUUUGGCAACUCCACCUGGUUAUAUUAAGACCAGUUCUGAAGAUGAGUGUAAAGAUGACGAAAGCACAGGACAAAUUACUCAAUCAAAAUUUUUUGCCCGUGCUUUAUUUUCUCCAAAUGGAGACAUAUCUGAAUUGGAAGAUUCUGCUAUAUUGUCUUCAACAAUCCAUACCGAGUUGAAUGAAAAUGACAAAACCUUUACUACAACUGACAUCUCAGAAUAUUCCAUGGAAGUUUCAUCUCCAAUAUUAUUUGAAGCUAUUAAUAAAGAUGAUUCUAAAAAUUACUCAACUACUAAUUUUGAUGUAUCUGAAAAGGCAAGCAUGUUGACUCCUCCAGUUGAUAGUAUUAACAAAGACAAUUCUCUACUGCAUUCUAUUUUAAUUAAAAAUAAACAUCCGACUUCAAUGCACAAGAGCGUUCAUUUCUCAGACAUACCUUCUUCAAUUCCACAGAAAAAUCAGUCAAAGAAUGAUUUGGUUCCAGUAAAUCCAUUGUUAUGCCAGUCAACUGAUAUGCAUUCCUUUAAUCAAGUAUCAGAUGGACGAACUCCAGAUCAUAAUUCCCUUGUGGCUAAUGUAGGUCAUAGUCCAUCUGUAACGAGUUUAGUUUCUGAUGAAAAUAAAUUUAAAAUCAACAAAGAAGUUGUCAAUUGUUGCAAAAGUUCAGAUUUUAAUUCUUCAUUUGAAUCUGCAGCCUGUGAGAAAAAUUCUUUAAAAGCAUUAGAGGAUCCAAUGAAGAUUUGUGAAGCGUCUGAGACUGUUGUGAAUCUGGAUAUUGACAAAAACCAUGUACCUCACAGCAUUGAAUUACAUGCAGAGAAACCUCAGUCAAAACAACAUGAUUCUUCCAUUCAAAAUAAUUUAGAAAUUGUCAAAGAUUGUUUGAAUGAUAUACAUAGUCAAGAAAAACAUGUUGAACAAUUUGAUUCUGUUAAAAAUUUGUCAGAAUUUAAAUUGGUAGAUGAUGUUUCUGAAACGUCUUCUGAAAGUAGAAAUAUUAACUGUCAUUCAGUGUGUAACAAUAUAGAAAGCAAGCAGCAUAAAGAUUUAUCAGUAUCUUGUGACUCAAAUGUAACAGUGAAACCUAAGUCAACAGCCAGUCUUUCUUUAAGCAGGAAAAGUAAAUUAAAGGGAAAAGCUAAACGUUUUUCAUAUCCUACUGCAAGUCAGAUCCAUCAGUCAUCACCUCUUGUAAAAUUUUCCUUCAAAAUGCAAGAUUUCUCCACAAGUAAUGCCACAGAAAAGCACUACUCCGAUUCCAAUACAAAACUAAAUAAUACUACACUACUUAACUUCAACCAACCAUUUACUAAGAUUGAAUCUGAUCUUGUCAAACCUGUUAAUAAAGAAAACAUUGCUGAAGACAGUGCAACCCACAAUACUGUAAAAAAUGAUAUUGUCCAAAGCAAUAACAUGGAAGAAUACAGUGCUGUCCAAAGUAAUAAAACUGUAGAAGAUUGUAUUAUGAACACCGACAAUUCUAUUGGAGGCUGCGCUUUUCAAACCAAGAACACUGCUGGGAGUAAUACUGUCCAGUUGAAGAAUACUAUGGAAAAUUGUGCUGUCCAGCCUAACAUUUUUGUGGAAGAUUGUGUUGUCCAAACUAAGAACACUGCAGAAGGCUGUGCUGCUGACCAAACUUACAAUCCCAUGGUAGGUUUCGUUGCUGUCUCAGUCAACAACAUUGUGGAAGGUUGUGCUGCUGUUGAAACUAACAAUCUUUUGGAAGAUAGUGCUGCCAUUCAAACUAGCACCUCAUUGGAACCUUGUGCUGUUGAAACCAAGAACUCUGUAGAAAGUUGUGCUGAUGUCCAAACCAACAAUGCUGAGGAAAGUUGUGCUGCUCAAACCAACAACACUAUGCAAGGUAGUAUUAUCCAAGUUUAUAUUAGAGUGUGGAAGAUUGUGUAA